AUGCAGGAUAUGUUAUAUGUGAAAUAUGCUGCCAGCCGCUAUCAUACGUUUCAGAAAAAGACCUGUAUCUUGACGGUAUCUGGGCUCUUUUGUAUACUAGACAAGAACAGCAACAUUGACUUUUACUCUCAUUUGCAGCAAGAUGAAUACUACAUUUAUAGUGGAGACACUUGUUGUAGCUACAUUCAGGGUCUUUUAAUGGAGCUGCCGUGUCGAUUAUUUGAUGCUGGCCUCGUUGUUGAACAACAGGACCGGCCAAGUCAAUGCUGUUCUGUGAUCCGUUUCACAGCAUCCAACAAGGAAUACACAUUUCUUGCAAAGACCCAAGACCAAAAGGAAGGUUGGGUGUAUGCCAUUGCCAAUGGAUAG